AUGACAUUAUUCCUGUUGUUGUUCCUGGCUGCUGUAUUGCACCCAUCACUUCUUCUUCGAGAUGAAAAUGAGAAUAUGAAUUUUGAGGAUUUGACAACAACUAGAGUGUCAGUCCAAGAAGAGAUUGUAAACAAGCACAACCAACUGAGAAGAUUGGUUUCUCCACCUAGUAGUGACCUGCUAAAGAUGCAAUGGAGCAAUAAUGCCCGAGUGAAUGCACAGAGAUGGGCAAACCAAUGCAGUUAUGUACACAGUCCUCCAGAAGCCAGGACCACCAACAUAAUGUGUGGUGAGAAUAUCUUCCUGGCAAGUUACCCAGCAUCGUGGUCUCGUGCAAUCCAAAGCUGGUACGAUGAAGCCAAAGAUUUCAGGUUUGGUUCAGGCCCAAAUCCACCUAGUGCAUUAGUUGGACAUUAUACUCAGGUUGUUUGGAAUACAUCUAACCAAAUUGCAUGUGGAGUUGCUAAGUGCUCUGGGGAAUUAAUGCAAUUCAUAUAUGUUUGUCACUAUUGUCCUCCUGGUAAUAUUUUAAGAAGGCAAUAUAUCCCCUACACAAUAGGACAACCGUGUGCCCUUUGUCCUGAUCAUUGUGACGAUGGACUAUGCAUUUUGAAACAGGGUCUCAUUACCAAACAUGAAUACUUGAAUUCAGUAAAUGUGAAUAUGAAUUCUAACUGUGCAGAAUUGAAGGCUUCUCUAACCUGUGACUAUCCAAUGGUUAAACAAGAGUGAAAAGCUUCAUGCAACUGUGAAGGCAAAAUUCAUUAAAUUUCCAGUACAAAUGAACAGGGCCAUGUGAAGAAAGAGCUCCUCCUCUACUCAGGCUGGUCACAUUCCACCAGGAAUUUAGAGAUAUAGAUAUAUUGAAAUGAUUCCAAACAGUAAACAUUCCAUUCUUCUGUAUUGUCCCACUUAGCAGAAAUAAUUUACAUCCAAAGUUUUAAAAUAACAUAAUCAAUAAUACCUUUGGACCUUGACCUCAGAAUUCUGUGACACAUUAAUGGAGUUGAGUCAAGCCCAAAGUUAUAUUGUUUGUCUGUAUGACUAAGGUCACUGAAACUCUAACCAGAAAGUAAGAAUCAGGUUCCCAGAGCACAAUAGAGUAAAGGAACAGCAUAUACUUCCACUGUAAUUGUCAGUCAUCUUUCCUAUCUCUACCUAGCUAAUAUAUCUGAAAACAAUCCACAUUAGCUUUCUUUGAUUUCUUCCCACCAUUCUCUAUUCUUCACAUGCGCCAGAAUUAGUAGUUCAAAUUCUAAAUUUCAAUUUACAUUUUCGUUGUUGGAUUUUUCAAGCACCUUAUAAAAAUGUAACUUAAUGAACAAAA